GACUCUUCUUCAUCAGUCAUCCCCACCAUUUUCUUGAUCAGGCAUUUACAUCAUCACGUGUUCCUGCUUCAAUGUGAAACCCAAAUUCUUUAUGGAGCUUUCUCUGUAGGAAGCACAGAUCUGCCAAUCCAACGCUUCUUUAUCUUUCCCUCUCUCUCAAUUUCUCCCCACAUCUGAUCAAGCCGACGAUCGGUAUCAACUCUAACAUAAAUUGGGGAAGAAAAUGGAGGCGGUUAAUAUGACAAUGACAUUUUGCACUGUGUGUUUGAUGCUCACCUUGAAUUUCACUAUACGACUUGCAUCGCAACACAGCGUUUCAUGGAAAAAGCCAAAGGAGCAAAGUGCCAUCCUUAUCAUAAUCUUCAUGGCUCCCUUGUAUGCCGUUGUCUCCUACAUUGGGUUGAUUGAUUUUCUUGGGAGUAACACGUUCUUCACAUUUCUUGAGUCUAUCAAGGAAUGUUAUGAAGCUCUCGUGAUGGCUAAGUUUUUAGGUUUGAUGUACACAUAUCUGAAUAUAUCCAUAAGCAAAAAUAUAGUGCCCGAUGAGAUCAAGGGAAGGGAGAUUCAUCACUCAUUCCCAAUUACCCUCUUCCAGCCUCACACAGUCCAACUAAACCAUUACACAUUGAAACAACUGAAAGACUGGACAUGGCAAUUUGUUGUGAUCCGUCCGGUGUGUUCCAUCUUAAUGAUCGCUCUGCAACUUCUUGGAGCGUACCCCACAUGGGUUAGCUGGAUAUUCACCAUCAUUUUGAACAUUUCUGUUUCACUAGCUCUAUAUUCCCUCGUGGUCUUCUACCACGUGUUUGCAAAAGAGUUAGCACCCCACAAGCCGCUUGCCAAGUUCUUGUGCGUCAAAGGAAUUGUCUUCUUUUGUUUCUGGCAGGGAAUUGCCCUUGAGAUUCUUGCGGCAUUGGGCAUAAUAAAAUCACACCACGUUUGGUUUGACGUGGAGCAUAUCCAAGAAGCGCUUCAGAACAUUUUGGUGGUCGUAGAAAUGGUUUUCUUUGCGUACUUUCAGCAGGUCGCGUAUACAGCUGAACCUUACCGCAGCCAAGCUACCGUUCCUGCAGGCUCUGCAGACAAAAAGAAAGACUAAAAAAAUGGUUUUUGUAUUGUUGGAAUAUGGUCAAGAAUGGUCUCUAUAUGUCCCAUUUCUUUCAAAUGGUUACUUAGAACCUGUAAUAGACCUAACAGUGUCUUUUUUGUUCCAAUUUUGGCACUUGUGGUUUUCUUUUUCAAGCUAAGAGUGCUUACCAAACAAGCCUUUUGGCUUCAAGCACAAAUGAAAUUAUCACCAUUGAAGCAUUUCCCCCAAGUUUUGGUCUUUUUAGAUAUUUUUGGAAGUCAACUAAAUCUUUGUGAGGUGU